GAACACUCUUGUCUACCCUUGAGUUAAGCAAUCGGCUUGCAAAUUGCGUUUUGCCUGUUUGAGCAUCGUUCUUAUCUUAUACUACUAAGAUCAUGCCGUCGAUCCUGAGAUUGGGAGCUGUGCUCCUUGGUGCUGUUAGCCUUGUCACUGCUGUUCCAGUCGAGCUCGAAAAGAGGGCCGUCUCCGCCAAUAUCCUCGAUCAACUCCAAUUCUUCAGCCAGUAUUCCGCCGCAGCAUACUGUCUCGGGAAUAACAACAGCCCCAAUACAAAGGUCACCUGCCCGCAGGGAAAUUGCGCGCGAGUGGAAGCAGCCAACACGAACACACUGACCGAGUUUGAGAACUCGCUCAAGUCCGACGUCACCGGCUUCGUUGCCACGGACACCACCAACAAACUCAUUGUCCUCUCCUUUCGCGGCUCCCGCUCUGUCCGCAACUGGCUCACUAACCUCAACUUCCCUGUCACGCCCACUUCAAUCUGCACCACCUGCUCAUCCUCAAUCGGGUUCUGGACAUCCUGGGUCGAAGCGCAAACCAAUGUGCUCUCUGCCAUCAAGACAGCUCAGGCCCAAUACCCUACGUUCAAGGUCGUUGCAACGGGUCACUCGCUUGGUGGCGCGCUGGCCUCUCUCGCCGCUGGAGUGUUGCGUGCUCAGGGGACUACAGUUGACCUAUAUACCUACGGCGCUCCCAAGGUCGGGCUCCAGGGACUGGCAGACUACAUCUCCGGCACCAGCAAAGGCCAGAACUACCGCGUCACGCACAAGAACGACCCCGUCCCCAAGCUGCCACCUGCGCUGCUGGGGUACAGGCAUACGAGCCCCGAGUACUACAUUACUAGCGGCAAUGGUGUACAGCCAGGGACUGGCAAUGUUAAUGUUUUAACGGGCAGUCUUAACUUUAGGGGCAACGAGGGAGACUUUAGAGUCGAUAUUAAUGCGCAUUUGUGGUACUUUGGACACAUCAGCGCGUGUGAUGGCCAGGAGGGCAUCGAGAUCAAGGUCUGAGCCUUGAGUAAUGAGUAGUAUAAUAAUGACUAAUUCACGGCCUUUCAACACGAG